AUGCCGAGUCCCCAAUCAUCCAGAGCAUCCAACGACUUCCGCAGCGAUACCUUCACCACUCCAACCUCAGCCAUGUUGGAAGCAAUGGUUAACGCUACAUUCGGCGACGACGUAUACGAAGAAGACAACACCACAACGGAAUUUCAAAACGAAAUCGCCCGAUUAACUGGAAUGGAGGAUGCCCUGUUCAUGUUAUCCGGUACUAUGGGCAACCAAAUAGGCGUUCGAAUUCACCUCCACCAGCCUCCGCAUUCCGUGCUAUGUGAUUAUCGGGCUCAUGUAUAUGCCGAAGAAGGAUCCGGAUUAGCUGUGCUCUCUCAGGCCAUGGUGACCCCAGUCCACCCUGCAAAUGGCAUCUACCUGACUCUGGACGAUGUGAAGAAUUGGGUCACUUUGGGAGAUGAUAUCCAUACAGCUCCAACAAAGGUUAUUAGUCUGGAGCUUACAAUUGGGGGUGUUCUUACACCGAUGGAGGAGAUUAAAAAGAUUUCUGAGUUUGCACACGCCAAUGACAUGAAGGUUCACUGCGACGGGGCACGAUUGUGGAACGCUGCGGCAGCCACUGGUUAUUCCUUAACCGAGUAUUGCCAGUAUUUUGAUAGCGUUUCCAUGUGUGUUUCCAAGGGACUUGGUGCACCGGUUGGUGGGGUUCUAGCUAGCACGAAACAGAAUAUCAAAAGAGCGCGAUGGUUGAGAAAGCAACAGGGUGGUGGUAUUCGACAAGCUGGCGUUUUGGCUUCUGCUGCUAUGAUAGGAUUGAAGGAGGUAUGGCCCACCAUGAGGGAAACCCACGAAAAGACUAAGAAAUUGGCCAAGGAUUUGGAGACGUUGGGGGUUGUGCCCCAAAUCCCUGUUGACACCAAUUUCUAUUUUAUCGACGCUAGAAAGUCAAAUAUUGAUAUGGGGGUAUUGUUGGAGCAGUGUGAGAAGUUCGAUGUCAAGUUGAUGGAUGAACGGAUCGCCUUGCAUCAUCAAAUUAGUGAUGAUUCUAUCGAGAGGCUUAAGGUUGCCAUUGCUCAAGCUGUCAAAAUUACUAAAACCUUAUCACCUGGGUAUGUCUCCAAGGUUCGCCCAUCUGGGUAUGGCAGUACGUCGAAGAUGAAUGAGUAUAGUUAG